AUGGAAUUCAAAAAUGUGUUCAAUAUGUACUGUACUCCCGAGGCUCCUGAAGCUCCUGCGAGCAAGAAGAAAACAAGCAGGCGGCAUCAAGGGGAAAGCAGUAAAGCGCCUCCAGCCAAGAAAUCCCGUACUGCAGACCCUCCAGCAAACGUACCCUCAACAAAUGCAACACCACCUCCUUCUCCCCUCGAGCGGCAAUCUCCGCCUGCUCCGGUCGGGUCGACACCUUCCCCACCAGCUCCAGCUGACCAGACUCAGCAGGCUGCCCCUGCUUCCACUGGGGGUGACAUAUCGAGUCAUGCCCUAAGGUCAGCCAAGGACAGGAUGGCAAAAAUUUUGAAGCACAAACGUUGCCGAGAAGCGAUGGCUGGGACAAAGACGAUGGACGUCGACCAGAUCUUAACCUGCGCUCUAAACGAGCUCGCAAGUCUUGAGGUUGCUCAGAAGACAAAUGCAACACUGCUCGAGGAGAAAGACAAGCUGGCUGAGGAGUUAAGGGAGAAGCAGACUGCUCUAGACAAGGCCGUCGAGCAAAGAGACCAGUUCAAGGAGUCUAACCGCAUUAACUACCGCGAGGCUAAAAAACUCGAGGAGGACUUGAUUGCGAGCAGACAGGAGACUACAAAGUUGGAAGGCCGGAUCGAGGAACUUGAAAAAGCCAACGCCAGCAAUUUGGAGAGUUAUCUUCCUGAGCGCACGAGGCAUGCUGAGAUAGUCUGCUGCGCUGCUUGUCUGGCAGAAGAAGAGAGAGCAAGGAUACCUGCCUCGCCCGAAAUCUCUUUGGCCACUGGCAUGGACGGGGUGGACAAUGAAGCUACAACUUUCGUCGACCAGGACACCUCUCAAGAUCUUCCUGCUUCGUAG